CUAAAUAUCAUUUACACUUCGAUUUCUUUUAAAGGUCAAACAAGUAACAGUAGCAGCACUACAUGUGGAAGGAACCUGUGGGUUAGUGGACUGGCUUCGACCACCAGAGCGACAGACUUGAAAAACCUCUUCAGCAAGUAUGGAAAGGUUGUGGGUGCAAAGGUGGUGACAAAUGCACGUAGCCCUGGUGCCCGUUGCUACGGCUUUGUUACAAUGUCCUCAACCGAUGAAGCAACAAAGUGCAUUAGCCAUCUGCACAGAACAGAGUUGCAUGGAAGAAUGAUCUCUGUAGAGAGGGCUAAAAAUGAACCCGCUGGAAAGAAACCUUCAGACAAACCUGAUGCUAAAAAGGACCCCAAGUCUACCAGCAAUGAUGCUGCGGGUCUCGCUACAGAUGCUGAACAAUCUGAAGAAAACAAAGAUGAGAAAUCUGACACUAAUGAAGAGAAAGAUGAUAAAGAUGGUAAAGGAGGCCGUGGUACAGAAAGAACUGUGGUCAUGGAUAAAUCUAAAGGGGAGCCUGUCAUCAGUGUCAAAACUAAAAGCAAAGAUGGAAGAAGCUCCAAGAGCCAGGAUCGCAAAUCCGAGAGCAAAGAGAAGAAAGACAUCCUCUCCUUUGACCAGAUUAAAGAGCAAAGAGAGCGUGAGCGACAGCGGCAGAAGGAGCGAGAGAUCCGUGAGGUGGAGAGGCGCCGGCACUCUGGAGACAGAGAUGGAGAUCGUGAAAGCAGACGGGAGAGGGAGCGCAUCCGCUUGUUCCGGGAGAAGGAGGAGAGAGACCGGCUCAUCAGGCAGAGGAAGUGGCUGGAGCUGGAAAGGGAGCGUCUGGACGGAGAGAGGAUGGAGCGUGAGCGGCUGGAGAGGGAGCGGCUGCGGGUAGAGUACGAGAGGCGACGGGAGCAGGAGAGGAUACAGAGAGAGAGGGAGGAGCUGCGGAGGCAACAAGAGCAGCUCCGAUACGAGCAGGAUCGCAGGCCACUGAAGAGGCCAUACGACUUUGAUGGAAGGAGAGAUGAUUGGCACGAGAAGAGGAUGAACUUGGAUGACCGGUAUGGGCGUGGUUCUGACUUUAGCCGCCAAGACCGACUCCAGGAUUUUGAUCACCGGGAUCGUGGCCGGUACCAGGAUGACCUGUUGUUGGACAGGUGGGUCAGAGAGAACCUUCUCGGUGUGCAGUGUCCCCUUUUAACGAUCACUGCCUUUGUUAAUUCUAACUCGAGGUGGAUGUAGUUCGGGGUUAAGUCU